CUGAUCGCCGCCACAGCCACUCAAAACCCAAAAUGCGAGGAAGCUGGUCCAGGCUCUGGCCCUUGACGUUGCUCCAUUUGCUCCUGCUUUUCCACUUAGUACCCGGCACGAAGGGUUUGUUUUGGAACGGAACCGCAGUCCGCGGAACUGCUUUUUACCAGAGAAGCAGCGCCACCUGUGCGAAAAGGGUUCUGCCAGAGAUUCUGCCCCUGCCGAGGUCUUGCCCGCCCGAGGUCCUCAACCUGAGGGGCACCGUGUACAUCCUCUACGACGUGAACAUUUCCGAGGGCUUUAACCUGCGCCGCGAUGUCUACAUUCGCAUGGCGGUGUUCGUACGCCGCCUGCAAAGAAUCAAGCGGUUUCGCAAGGUGCGCCUUGUCCUGCCGCCAUGGCCACGACUGUACCACUGGCACUCGCAGGGUCUGCAUCAGUCUGGCCUGCCCUGGAGCCACUUCUUUGACCUGGCCAGCCUGCGCCGCUACGCGCCCGUACUGGACUACGAUGAGUUCUUGGCCGAGCAGCGACUCUUCGGCAAUCCAGGAGCUCCCCUUGUACACGUUGCGCACGCCUUUCGGCUGCAGCACUACGAGGUCAUGCUGGAGCAGGGCAUCUUCCGGGACAAAUACGAGCGGAUCACGGACAAGCCUUGCAGCGAGACAUCAUUGUCAGGCGGACCGCUACUGCAGCAGCCCGAACUGCGCGUUAGUCGCUUUCACUGCGUCCGGUUCCAGGGAAGCGCAGGUCUGCUGGAGCAGUUGCUCCGCGUGGCAAUUGCCGAGGAUACGACGGGCCCGGACGACGCAGACGACAUGCGCACUUAUGUCUUGCUCAGUGCCGAGACCGUGCUGCAUGACCACUGGGGUGACGAGCACUUCUGGCGAGCACGGCGCUCUAUGCGCUUUGCCCGCCGCCUUAACCAGGUGGCUGCAGACUUUCGGCAUCAGGCCCUGGCGACCACGGACGCCUCGGCUGGAGUCCAGCGGCCUGUCAUGUGGGAGUUGGAGCGACCGAAGCGCAAUGCCAGGGGAGGAGAUUACUUGUGCGCUCACCUAAGACGGGGAGACUUCGUUCGUUCUCGGGAGAACACCACUCCUACCCUAAAGGCUGCGGCCCAGCAGGUGAAGCAGCUUCUGCGUGCCUUCAACUUGUCCACAGUGUUCCUGGCCAGCGACGCCACGCCUUACGAGCUGAUGGAAUUGAAGGAGCUCUUCUACCGCUUCCGCUUCGUGCACUUUGUGCCGGAGUCGAACGACCAGCGGCGGGAGCUGAAAGAUGGAGGCGUGGCCGUGGUGGACCAACUGGUGUGCGCUUACGCCCGCUAUUUUGUGGGCACCUAUGAGAGCACCUUCACGUAUAGGAUCUACGAGGAGCGCGAGAUCCUGGGCUUUAGCCAGGCCAGCACUUUCAACACAUUCUGCAAGACUGGGGGAAGCUGCUCCCGCAACGCAGUCUGGCCUAUCGUGUGGGAUGAUGGCGACACCGAUAGCCAGGAGGACACCGAUGCCGAUCCAUACUGAGAGCGGUCGCCGCUUCAUAAAAUCAGCACCAUUUUCCGUGCUGUUUAUGUAUAUAACUUAAUGCCACUCGAAUACUCGUUUUAAGUUAACAGAGAUUCCAAACAGCCUGCGAUUGGGUACCAAAAAAUAAAUUAAUAGCCAGUAAA